UUUUCCCUAUCCCGUGCUUUAAAGGCUCUAAAAUGGCUUCCACUGGCGCUCCUUGAUUUUCCACGCUAUCUUCCUCUCGGCGCUCCCUCAAUUUUUGAUCUUGAUUCGAGUUCCGCUGGCCGAUUGGCAAUAAAGUCCUGCGCCGCUCCCCGUCUUGACUUUUCUUUAAUUCGUCCUCUUCGUUCUGGGAUGAUCCCUAAGGAGGGAGCUUUCUUCGGAUCUGGGAGGGGUCGGCCGUGACGAGCCAUGGCCGGGCGGAUCCGUCUCGGCGGCGGAGCGUCAUCUCCGAUGCCAGAGAGGCGAGGGAAGGGCGGUGAUGGAGUGUCGCGGAGCGUCUGGAGGCUAGUGCACUGGGCGGCGGUGGCGACCUUCCGGCGGAGGGGGGCGCUUCUGGUGGUUCCGCUCCUCUACCUAGCCCUAACGCUGGUGUUCUUAGGGAGGUGGGAGUGGGACCUCAAGCCGCCCAUGCCGGUCCGAAUCGGUGUCGCCGUCCUUAGGAGGAGGGUGCCACCGCCAGGGUCAGUGUACCGCAGUCCGCAGGUGUUUCAGAAGCUGUGGCCUUACAUGCAGGCCGAUCUAAACCACUCCAUUCCGUUGACAGCAGCAUGGCGCCACAAAGCAACUCAAAAAUGGAAACCUUGCUUUAGGAAGAGUCUGUCACAAGCAGAGUUGCCCCCUUCAAAUGGUUUUCUCAUAAUUGAAGCAAAUGGUGGUUUGAAUCAGCAACGUCUAUCUAUAUCUGAUGCAGUGGCAGUGGCAGGCUUGCUAAAUGCCACACUUGUAAUACCAAUGUUUCAUUUCAACAGUGUUUGGCGUGAUUCUAGCAAGUUUGAGGAUAUAUUUGAUGAAGAGUACUUCACUGAGAUCCUGAAAGAUCAUGUAAGAGUGGUAAAAGAGCUUCCUCCAGAUAUAUUGGAUCGAUUUGACAACAACAUUAGCAAUAUUUUAAAUAUGAGAAGUAGGGCUCUGCAAUCAAAGACCUAUUAUCUAGAGAAGGUUCUGCCAAAACUGAUAGAAUUUGGAGCCAUACGAAUUGCACCCUUCUCUAAUAGAUUGGCUCAUUCCGUUCCACCCAGUAUCCAAGGAUUGAGAUGUUUGACCAAUUUUGAAGCACUGCGCUUUUCUCAACCAAUAAGGGCGCUUGCAGACAAAAUGGUAGACAGAAUGGUAACAAACAGUUCAAAAAAUGGUGGGAAAUACAUCUCAGUGCAUCUUCGGUUUGAACAGGAUAUGGUAGCUUUUUCAUGCUGUACUUAUGAUGGUGGCCAACUAGAGAAAGAUGAAAUGAAUAAAGCUCGUGAAAGAGGUUGGAGAGGGAAAUUCAAUAGGCCUGGUCGAGUUAUUAGCCCAGAAGCUAACAGAAGGAAUGGGAGAUGCCCCUUAACACCACUAGAGGUUGGAAUGAUGCUUCGAGGCAUGGGAUUUGAUAACAAUACGUUUGUCUACGUUGCCUCUGGAAAGAUAUAUAAUACAGAAAAAUAUAUGGCUCCUCUCCAUCAGCUAUUUCCUCUCUUAGAGACCAAGGAUACCCUGGCUUCAACAUAUGAACUUGCACCUUUCAAGGGACACUCAUCACGGUUGGCAGCACUUGAUUAUAGUAUCUGUGCUCACAGUGAAGUUUUUGUAACAACUCAAGGAGGAAAUUUCCCUCACUUUUUGAUGGGACACAGGCGCUAUUUUAAUGGACACUCAAAAACAAUAAAUCCCGACAAGAGAAAGUUGGUGUUAUCAUUUGACAACCCUUUUAUUAGCUAAUAAGGCAGUAAUUCAGACUUAAGAUGGUGGCCGGUGGGAAAUUUCUGUGGAGCCGGACCGGUCAUCCCCAGGGAUAGUCAAUGAGGCUAACUGGGAUUAUCAUUUUUUUUUUAAUAAUGUAGUAAUUCAGGUUUUCACCUUUUGCAUGUAGAGGUGCUAUAUCUGGCUAAUAUCAAGAAUAGUUAGUUUUUUCUGUCUUGCAUGAAUAUGUCAUGUCCAAGGUAUGACACAAGAUAUGUAAUGUAGUUCAAUAAUUAAGAAUAUAUCAGGCUAAUGUAAAGAAGAAAUAUCAUGACAAGAAUUAAGAAUGUUCUCCUCUGCAACUCAAUUACUAGUUCAAUAACUUACACUUAUUUUUCCAUUUGUUGAAUGUAGUUUUCAAUUUUAUUAGUUGUUACAUUGGGUAGUUAUUUUUGUUAUGUGCUGGAUUUCCAGCGUGAUCAAACCAUGAAGCCUAUUUUACCGCAUUGCUAGAACUGUGAUUUGUUUCAUGAACUUGUAUUAAAUUUCAUGACUCAUCAUAACUACUGUGUGUUUGAUGAAUGGGCUACUUCUGAUCCAUAAAACAUCAUGAGUUAUCUUGUCAAUUGAUUCUUUUUAUCUUUUUCCCUUACCUUUGGCAUUAUUUAUAUUUCUUUUGAUCAAAUCUUUGGUAUAAUGAAUUUUAUAAAUGUCUGAUUGAACAUGAAUUAAUUACAAAAACCAAUCUACAAUACUUACAUGAUACCAAAGCUAAUAAUCUGUCAAUCAUAUCUCUACAAUUUUAGUCCUCACAUAGUGUAACUGCAGCUUAUUUCUUACAAUUUCUGAUUAUUACUAGCCAAUUUCUUGUUCCAAGAUACAAACAUCUUUAGGUGAUGCAUGUGUUAUUUCUCCUGAAUGGUAAUUGAGCUGGAAGUAUACAUAUUAUUUUUGAGUUCCAUCUUACUCAUCCAUCUCUAAGGUGCCACGUCAUGUUAGCUCUAAAAUGUUGGUCUUCACAUAAGAAUGUAUAAUGCCGUCAUGUGAAUAUAAAAUAUCAGAAGUAGGUCUUUAUUAACAAACACAACUGGUAAUAGAUUAAAUACUACACAUUAGUCUCUAAUCAUAUUUCAUUCAGUGUGGACAUAAUGUUAUGUAGACAUUCU